AACUUCCCACUUUCCAGACGCCAAGCCUUUGAGAAUGAAUCCCUUCAAUCCCUUCAGAUAUAUCUCUAUUUUUCUCCUACCAGCACUCUUAUCCAAUGUAUGCCUGGGCUUGCCACCCCCAAGACAAACCCCACUUGAUACAUACCCAGACAACAUUCAACCAAACCUUCGCGCCGGUACAAACCUCACUCCAAACGUUACCAAUCUUGACAACAACAAUACCACUUCCAACUCCACAACUGUUGGCAAUCCCAAUAUAAAUUCCAACAGCAUAAAUCCUGGUGGCUCCAUUUUGAAUUCAAGCACGACAAAUGAGAAUGAUCCCGAUUACGAUUCAAGCGACGAUGAGGAUCUUGAUGAUGAUGACUACGAGAAUGAUUGGAGCGAGGAGCCACCGAAUGAUGAUGUGAGUAACAAUCAUGACUGCGAUCCAGAUGCACCGAUCAUGCAAUCCACGUCGCCUGAUGAUCCCACCAUUAAUACCACUGAAAAUCAAAGAUCAAAUUCUACAAGUGGUCUAAGAAAGGAUGGCGGUAAAGUCCUGGUGGCACCGAACUCAACUAAUCCCGGUGAGGGUUCUAGCGUAGGUGGAAACCAUUCUUCUUCAGAUACCGAGCAUAAUACCGCACAUAGACUCUUGAUCAACCUUCAUGGAACCUGGCAGCUUACUUUACUUGCAGUUCUCGGUGGCAAUCUGCUCAUAAUGAUGUGAAACCGAAUUUGCCGUCGGCUUGUUGUUGUCUUUCUCAUUCUUGUCCUUUCAUUCCAACAAUCACCACAUCUGUGCAGCUCGCAGGAAGACUUUUCUUCAUUUUUUUCGCCAAGGUUUUUCUCUGUGCAUCAGUUCGCGAGGAAUAAAAACUACCUCUGAUCAUGUCACAUAAAUACAUCUCUCCAAUCAAAAUGUGCAGCUUUCCG